UAUUUAAUUCUGUAUUAGCAGAUAUCCCUGAUUAAUUUUUGUCCCCCCUUCUCGCCUAUUUGUUAUGAGAACUAUGAAAUACUUUCCUAAUUUGGAAAAGAAGGUUAGCAUCCAUAGAAACCAAAAUAGUUGAUCAUACUUAAUUUUUGUGUCAUUGUUUUGUAGGAUAAGUCUCGGAGCCUUGCUGUACACGCUGCACAGGCGCUGUUGAGUGGAGGUGGUGAUGUUAUAGUGGCUCAUGUAGGUUCCCAUCUCACUGUUGCCCAUAUGUCAGUGCUGACAAACCACAGCACGUCCAAAAUUUUUGUUUGUGGUGUGAAAUCUUCAGCAAAAGAAGAAGAACUGAAGAACAGUUUCAGUCAUAUGGGAUGUGAAAAUAUUUGGUUGUUACAGGAAGACUUUACUGAGCUUAAACCAACAGACCCAAGAUUUGAAAAGGCAAAAGUUAUUUUGCUGCUACCACAAUGCUCUGAACUGGGUGCUGGCAAUCCAAUGGAGCUUAUUUUAAGUGAACAUAGAGAUGCAGGAUUGCUUCAAGACCUUUUCCAGGGAUUUGUGUCUGAGGAUAAACUCAGAAUUCUUGCUGAGACGCAGCUUAAUGAGUUGGUUCAUGCACUGAAAUUUAACAAAGUACAAGCUAUUGUUUACUGCACUUGUUCAAUUUACCCAGAAGAAAAUGAACUUGUAGUGAGAAAAGCACUGGAAUCUGGAGUGGAGGGAGAUAAAGUACGACACAGGCUUAUUCCUUCUGUUUUUUCUACAAGUUCCAAUUCAGAGUCUUCCACUGAAAUGUUUUUCAAAAUGGAGCCAUCAGAAAUUUCCAGUGGUUGCUUCCUGGCUGUUAUAGAGAGAGAGAAAGAUAUUUCCAAAAAAGUGCCUGCUAAAGACCUUUUGGCUUCUGCUACAGCGAAAGAACUACUAGAUGGCAUUGUUGAAGAAAAACCAAAAGAAGAGGUGAAAAAGCAGAAAGUAAAACGUAAACGUAAGGCUGCUGCUAGUGAUAAUAAGCCAAAAGCUGCAAAACUCCUUCACCGCCAAACUGGAGCUAAUGUUAAGGCUGAAGUUCCCGUGUCUAAAGCAGCCAGUAAGAUAAAAGAAAAGCAUGAGCGCCUGAAAAAAGCGGCCAGUGGCGUACAAGAAAAGCAUAUGCACCAAAAUAAAGCAGCCAGUAACACACCAGAAAAGAAAGUGCACAAAAAAAAAACAUCCAGUAACACACCAGAAAAGAAAGUGCACAAAAAAAAAGCAGCCACUAACACACCGCAGAAGAAUGUGCAGCAAACAAAAGUAGCCAGUAACACACCACAAAAGAAAGUGCACCAGAAAAAAGCAGUCAGUAACAUACAAGAAAAGAAUGCGCGCCAAACAAAAGCAGCCAGUAACGUAUCCACGUCUAAAGCAGCCAGUAACACACCGCAAAAGAAGGUGCCCUGAACAGACAGCUGUGUUGGGCUGAAGAGAUCUGUGAACCCUGAUUCACUCACAGCCCCACUGGAAGUGCCGAAGGCCACAUCUCAUCUGUCAUCUCUGCGCAGGGCGCAUGAGACAGACACCUGCUCAAAAGGCACGUGCAGAACAGAACAGGGUUGUACUGAAGGCCCCAACAGUCACUUGGCCUCCACUGACAACACCAUAUGAAAGGUUGUAA